UUCUUUGACAAAGUUGUACGUGAUGUGUGUCCUCCGUUUGCCCUCAUAAGCGUUGUGUAUUCUGACGUAAAUAUAAUCCUAUUUGUAAGCAGUUAUCUUAUGACCCAGUUGAAAGGAAGGAACUUUUGAUGAACGAGUGUCAAUGAAAAACUGAUAAAGAUGGGAGAUGGUUUGCAGCAAUUGUAUAUGGCAAAAUCCCUUAGUGAGCUUAACAAUCAGGUUAAAGAUAUCCCGAAGGCACCUCCAAAAUUGUUGGUUAAAACUGCCCAGCGAGUGUUGAAAGAAGCACAGUUAGUUGAUGGAAGGAAAGAUGAAGAAAAGUCUUACGUUCUAUAUAUGAGAUAUUUCUCAAUUGUUAUGUCUAUACAGAAGCAAGAAGAAUACAAGAAUAAUAAGAAGUAUUAUGAUAGCCUCUUGGAUCCUAAGAUGACUGUAAAAGUGAUUGGCAGAGCAGAGGAGCUACAGAAAAGCCUUAGUCGUAGAUAUGAGUUUAAAAAUAGUGCUAAGCAAGCUGAAAAACUAGCUGAAGAGAAAAGAGCCACUGAAAAGCUUGAAAAGGAAAGAGAAAGAGAGAGGAAGGCAAAACAAGCCGCGGAAGCAGCAAAAACUGAUGCUACAACUAAUGGAGUGACAGAAGAAGGCUGUAUUUCAUGUGAGAAGUUGUAUUCUUUAUAUAAGGAAAAGUGUUCUACAUAUAUGAUCUUGGACACAAGACCACAGCAUCACUUUAUUGAGUCUCAGAUUAAGUUACCCAAUGUUGUCAGUAUUCCAGAAGAGUUAUUAAAACCUGGGUUAACUGCAGCAAGAAUUGGUAGUGAAUUAGAAGAACCAUCCAGGACGCUUUGGGUAACACUUCGAGAUAAAGUAGACUACUUGAUAAUAUGUGACUGGUUUACUGAAGGACCACCACUACCUCCACCUCUCACAGUGCUUGUAGAUGCUAUUGUUAAGGUUUACAGCUAA